AUGCUUCUCUUCCAGCAGCAACCACCCCUGCAGGUACACAGCCCACUUGGUUUUACGAUACACUGGUGGCGAGACCUGCUCGCGUUGGCUCUCCGACGGCGACAGUUGAAAGAGCUGAUCGCCCAACGUACCUUUACUGAAGAAGUACCUUUGACCUUGCACUGUGGGCACACAGUUGGUUCUAUCUGCCUCAAUGAGUGGCUUAACGGAGGACAACCACCUAAACAGACAUGUCCUUUUUGCCGAACCAAAGUCUACCAAACAGUUUUUCGAAGGUUGGACCAAGAUAUCGAGGACGCAGCGCUUCGCGGAAUAGUGGACGGUGUUCGGAUUGCCGAUACCAGUACUCAAGGCCUUCUUCGAGACCAAAUUCUUGAAGACAGACGUAUCGAAGGGCUCAUCUACUUCAAAUUAACGAAGAUGCCCAGUCAAUUCUUGGAUACCGAUAACUACAAAAUAUCCAAGCCUCAAGCCAUGGACUGUAUCCUAAAUGCCAUAGGAUUGUACCUAAUGCACGCAAGCUCGAAGGAAGACAAGUCACGCCCCUCCCGCUAUGGGUCUUUAAUGACUGAACUACUCAAGUAUCGACAACGCAACUGUCCGAUUGAGCUCAGAGCCUACCGGAUUGAACUAGAAAAAGCCAUCCAGACUGCCAUCUUCUUAGCUUACUGGCUCAAAAUUCCCUAUUCGAACAAAUCGAUUCUUUUAAAACAGAUCAUAGAGAAGGACGGUCAAGUUGGGUUUGACCCACAUCCGGAAGAUGGCGACGACAUGAUUCGAGUUGCUCGAGCUGCCCCAAGAUUACUGCUGGCUUUGUAUUGGGGUACAAGUCCCUCGGCAUCAAGAUUUUGGAGGCUCGAUGUUCAGCAGCUUCUCAAGGCUGAUGUUCAAUUACGCGGACACUAUGAUGGCAGUAACGUCUAUGAGCGCAUGGAAGACAUUCCAGCCCACGUAAGUUUCAGAAAACCGUUGGUAAAAAAGGUUCUGGAGAGUUGGGGCAUUACGGACGUGGAGGCAAAAGCGAGUUUUAAUGACUGCAAAUAUUCUCGGGGUAGAUGGGUCAUCGACCCAUCGGGUGGUUGGUAA